ACUACUACUACUAUAACAGGGGGCAUGCACGGCGCUGCUGCUCGGGACUGGAGUGGCGUUGGGGUUCAGUUUUGGCGCCACGGCCGUUGGACUCAGGCCGGAGCUCCUGCCAACCAUGACCAACGCCUGCCCUGCUAACCUGACCAUCCCUCCCCCUCCCCCGCCCCCCGUCACAGUGGCGGACUUGAACUACCCGGAGAAGUUCUUGGGGGUGUCGUACACGCAGCUGGGCGUCAUCGGUCUCUUGGUGGGCCUCGUCUUCGGUAUCUUGGUCAGUCUGCUCACAGGCAAGUCCCGAGGCCACCGCGUGGAUCCCUUGAUGGUUCAUCCGUGGGUUCGCUGGGCCGUUCCGAAACCUGAGGAGCUGGAGAAGCGCGUCAAGGCCCACUCCUACGACAACAAGAUAUCGACGAAGUUUUGACCGCCGUGGGACAACUAAGUGUGCUAGAUACCAAGAUUGCUGAGUGCCGUCCACUUUGAUCUUGCACACAAUGGAGAAAAAAGAGAAAAGGAUGGUAACCAUAAUUUCGACAAAGUUUAUUUGUUUGAAGCAGAAGAACUGAGUUCACAAGUACCUCAUCUGAUCGUCUUCAUAUUUGCCUAUUUUUUAAUGAACAUAGGUCUGCAUUAUAAGUUCACUCCUAUGAACCACUUUUAUGAGUCAUUAGUUACUUGGAGCAUAUUAAUUUUCUCUGCUAGUUAUAUUUAAAAACUGUGCCUCCGUGCUGACACCCUGCCUGGUCAAACUCUUUCGCCUCUGCCUGUCAACAUCUACCUUUCCUUCCUGCUGGAAGUACGCCUUCAUACAGCCUGUGCCUAAGAAGGGUGACCGUUCCAAUCCCUCAAACUACCUCCCUAUAGCUUUACUUUCUGUCUAUCUAAAGCUUUUGAAUCAAUCCUUAACCAAAAGAUUCAAAAGUACCUUUUCACUUCUGACCUUCUAUCUGAUCGCCGGUAUGGGUUCCGCAAGGGGUGUUCUACUGGCGAUCUUCUUACUCUCUUAAUUGAUUAUUGGUCCUCCCCCUAGACAUAGCGAAAGCCUUCGAUAGAAUCUGGCACAACUCUUUGCUUUCUAAACUGCCCUCUUUGGCAUUCUAUCCCUCUCUGUUCCUUUAUCUCCAUUUUCCUUUCCAGUCGUUCUAUCUUUGCUGUGGUAGAUGGUCACUGUUCUUCCCCUAAACCUAUCGACAGUGGUGUCCCACAGGGCUCUGUCGUAUCACUCACUCUCUUCCUGUUCUUCAUCAAUUAUUUUCUUUCCAUAACAAACUGUCCUAUCCACUCAUACGCUGACGACUCCACUCUGCAUUAUUCAACUUCUUUCAACAGAAGACCCUCUCUACAGGAGUUAUGUACAUGACUCCAGACUGGAGGCUGCAGAAUGCUUAAUCUCAGACCUUGCUAUGAUUUCCGAUUGGGGUAAAAGGAACCUUGUGUCCUUCAAUGCGUCAAAAACCCAAUUUCUCCACCUAUCGACUCGACACAAUCUUCCCUAUUCUUCAACAACACUCAGCUGUCACCGUCUUCAACACUAAAGAUCCUCGGUCUAUCCUUAACUCAAAAUUUUAACUGGAAACUUCAAAUCUCCUCUCUCACUAAAUCAGCUUCCUCGAGGUUGGGCGUUCUGUAUCGUCUCCGCCAGUUCUUCUUCCCCGCAAAGUUGCUAUCCAUAUACAGGGGCCUUGUCCGCCCUCGUAUGGAGUAUGCAUCUCACGUGUAGGGGGGCUCCACUCACACAGUUGUGUUGGACAGAGUGGAGUCUAAGGCUCUUCGUCUCAUUAGCUCUCCUUCUCUUACUGAUAGACUUCUACCUCUAAAAUACCACCGCCAUGUGUCCUCUCUAUCUUCUAUCAAUAUUUUCACGCUGUCUGCUCUUCUGAACUUGCUAACUACAUGCCUCCCCCCCUCCUGCGGCGUCGCCGCACACGACUUUCUACUCUAGCUCAUCUCUUUACUGUCCAAAUCCCUUACGCACGAGUUAACCAGCAUUUUCACUCUUUCAUCCCUCACCCUGGUAAACUCUGAAACAAUCUUCCUUCAUCUGUAUUUUCUGCUGCCUACGACUUGAACUCUUUCAAGAGUAGGGUAUCAGGACACCUCUCCUCCCGAGAUUUUACCUAUCUUUCGGCCACUCCUCUUGUAUGAGCAGUGAGUAGCGGGCUUUUUUUUAUUAUUGUUUACUUUAUUUUUUUUUUGCCCUUGAACCGUUUCCUCUACUGUAAAAAAAAAUAAUAUUGCGCAAGUAUGCCAAGAAGAGUAUAUAAGUGAAAGUGAAGCAUGUGGAAUGCAACGAAGGGGAGACAACUUUUAGAUCUUAAAGUUGUUAAUGUCGCUUAGAGUUGGUAAUAAGUGACAUCAAAAGCCUGAUUUUUUAAACGCCGUUCUAGUCUUCACUAGAGUCCGAUACAAAUAUGAAGUCAGAUUUGGUGGGGCUCGAACUUCUCAACAGCGCUGCCGCAUCACCCCUAAACAUCACUAUCUCCCUCAUAUGGUACCUACGUACAAUUUGAAAUAGCGUAUAAAAUAUUCUGUAUAUAUAAAUAUAAUAAGAUUUGGCAGCGCUAUGGCCAGGGAACUCCCCGAGUGGGCUCCGCCCAACUGACUUCAUAACUGAGUUGGACUAUAACAACGAUGUGGCUGAUUUGUUCCUUUUAAUAUGUUUUCAAGGCGUGCUUAGUUUUUUUUUUUUUUCACUUUUACGAGUGAGUUUGUAAUAUGUACUUUGUGAAAAUUCAAUACUUCGAGUUAACUCCCAAAAAUGGAAGUGAUAAUCCAAAUUAGCCACAUAAUAUAACUGUUGACAAAUACUAGUACGACGUUUAAAAAAAAUCUGGCGUUAGAAUUGGGCAGCUUGGAGGACGGCCGAGAGACUUGCGCAGUAUCUAGGAAUUAUUUUGACGGGGUUCAACGCCGUGGUGAGUCCUGCUUAUCUGGAACAGUUUAAUACAUAAACAUCACUGACAGACCAUAUAUAUAUAUAUAUAUAUAUAUAUAUAUAUAUAUAUA